UCCUGCAGCCGUCUCCUGUGUGACCGGACGCUGUGGGGCUCCAUCGCACGGACGCCGAGGUUCAAUGACGUCAUCCAAAGCGACACCAUGCUUAAGGCGGUGACCGGACUGGAAUUAUUCACUGCAGUAACACAACGGGUUAAAUCACCAGGAAACGCAUUUCAGCAUCUCUUGAAGGAAUUAGAUCUACAAAAGUAUGUGAAUUCAAAGCUAACACUAAACGAGGUCUUAGAACUAGGACUGGAUCAUGUCCAUCAGGACCAAGCACUGGAAACAGGACUGGAUCAUGUCCAUCAGGACCAAGCACUGGAAACAGGACUGGAUCAUGUCCAUCAGGACCAAGCACGGGAAACAGGACUGGAUCAUGUCCAUCAGGACCAAGCACGGGAAACAGGACUGGAUCAUGUCCAUCAGGACCAAGCACGGGAAACAGGACUGGAUCAUGUCCAUCAGGACCAAGCACAGGAAACAGGACUGGAUCAUGUCCAUCAGGACCAAGCACAGGAAACAGGACUGGAUCAUGUCCAUCAUGAUCAACCGCAGGCCAAAGAGGAGAUCCCUUGGAUUUACUUAAAGAAACUGAUGGCCUUAAACUCCACUGCAAGGGAGAUGGUCAGUGACAUCCACCCGCUAGAUGUCCUCUGCGUCCUCCUGCAAUGUGCCGACAGCUUUCUACAGCAAGAGAUUGUAACCAAAAUGUCCAUGUGCCAAUUUGCUGUCCCUCUGCUGCUUCCUCCCACCAUCGGCCCAAACAACACCCUCAUGCUAUGGGCUAUGAGAGGUAUUGUGAAGCGAUGGAAAACUCACGUAAAAAAAAGCAGCAAAAAAUUCAUAGAAGAAAAUAUAGUAUAUAUUCCCAUGCCAGUCUUCUCGUUUGUCAGAUUGGGGAAAGUGAAAUUAUCCAAAUCUCUGCUCUUAAACAACCUCCUCAGCUCACGAGCUCAAAACCACGACUUCUUCAUACACGAGAAUUUGGAGGGAGGAAACGUGGAGAAAAAAGUGUCUGAAGGCCUCGUAGAAAUGUCCUGGUACUUUCCUUGUGGGAAAUCUGACGUCUUCCCAGAACCUGUUGCAGUGACCAAUCUACGUGGAGACCUGGGGUCCAACUGGGAACAGUUCACAUUUCUGACUCGAAUCUCAUCGGCUGUGUUCAUAUUUGUCGACAGGGUUCCUACAGAGGCAGAAACCAGGCGAUUACCAACCGGCACUAACUAUUAUUACGUUGUCACUCAGUUUGAAGAGUCACAUAAGACAAAAUGGGACAACUUCAUGUCGAUGUUCAGGAUUGAUCAGGGCAAUGUUAUAAUAAAAGGACAGAAAACAAACCUAAGUCAAAUAGUGCAAGUGAUGAGAAAGACCAUGAUGUCCUUGAGUACCAAACAGAUCACAAUUAAAAACAUGGCAUAUAAAAUCUCUGGUCUUCCCAUCUGUGUAGAUGAGCAAUCGGAAGAAUGCAGUCGGGCGAGAAGAUAUGCUGAAGAGCUAACACAAGACAUUGCAGUGGUAGAGAAGUAUAAAGAAAAGGCAAUGGCCUUACAGGGGAAGCUCUGGAAACAACUGUCCGCAACAGAGAAGGAGCUCUGCCGAAUGAGCAGACAGGGGGAGCGGAGCAUGCAGGACUACCAGUCAGAACUGACGGACAAACAGGCCUCCAUUCGUCAGCAGCAAAGUGAGACCACAAUGCAUAAGAGCAUAGAGCGCUUUAUUGCAGCAACCACUGGCCUUCCACCGCCAGAAAGACGCUAUUUUCUUAAAUGGCUUCAGGAGGAACUCAGUUCACUUGCUAGAAGAGAUAUCUCGGCGUUGCAGGUGAAAUACAAUGAAACAUGUCUCAAGAUAAAUGAUCUAGAACUAAAGAAUCAACCACUAGAAAGAUGUAGAACAGAACUGAAGCAGCUGGAUGAGAAGAUUUCGGAUAGCUCUUUGGGACUUGAACACUUCCUGCGGGAGAUGGGGCAGAUCUAUGAGGCUGAACGGGCUAUGCAGAAUCGAGGACCGAUGAACAUGAAUCGGAGAAGUGCUGACAGCUUUCCAGGCACAGCUGCCGAUCUCCUGCUGGAUGGGUUCCCACUGGAGCUGAUUGAUGGAGAUGUCUCCAACAUUCCCAUACAGUGGAUAACGGAUGUCCUGACCGAGCUUGAUAGGAAGACCGACGGACGCUGUAGGAUGAGAGUGAUAUCGGUGCUGGGAGUGCAGAGUACGGGGAAGUCCACCCUUCUGAACACCAUGUUUGGUCUACAGUUCCCUGUGGCCAGUGGACGCUGCACACGAGGAGCCUUCAUGACCCUUAUCAAAGUGAAGGAAACCUCCCGGGAAGAACUAGGCUGUGACUUGGUCAUGGUGAUUGACACUGAAGGGUUAAGGGCCCCCGAGCUGUCUUCUCUGGAGGGCAGUUAUGAGCACGACAAUGAGUUGGCCACAUUAGUGGUUGGGUUGAGUGAUAUCACCAUAGUAAACAUAGCCAUGGAAAACGCAACAGAAAUGCAAGAUAUUUUACAGAUUGUGGUCCAUGCUUUUCUCCGGAUGAAAGAGAUAUGGACAAAAACACAGUUGGUUUUUUCCCCUCAGAAUGUGAGUGAUGUGUCCGCUCAAGAGAACAACAUGAGGGAUAGAAAAAAACUCCUAGAACAGCUCAACGAAGUGACAAAAAUAGCUGCAAAAAUGGAAAAAAGAAGUAAAGUCUCAAUGUUCAGCGACGUGAUGGACUAUAAUCUGGAGAGAAACAACUUGUACAUUUCUGGCCUGUGGCAGGGGAAGCCACCAAUGGCCUCUGUGAACGUUGGUUACAGUGAACAAGUUCAAGACCUUAAAAAAUAUUUACUUGAAUUUAUGAAACGUCAAAAACGUUAUCGGAAUCCGUCCAGCAUUCCCCAAUUCUGCAAAUGGAUCGAAAGCUUAUGGAAGGCUGUAAAGUAUGAGACAUUCAUCUUCAGUUUCCGAAACAGCCUGGUAGCGGACGCUUACUACAGACUGUCCAUGCAGUUCUCCCUGUGGGAAUGGGAAUUUCGCAAAAAGGUCCACAGCAAAGUUAACAGCUUACAGAACAGCAUCAAAAAUCUGUCAGAGGAGGCUCCAGACAGAGGAGCACAUGCCGAACUCAAGAACCUGGAAAACUGCAUCCAUCAUGAAGAAACUCAAAUGAUCCGGUCACUAGAAAAAUAUUUCGAGGAUAGGCUAGAAAAUCAAAAUGUUCAACUUCUAGAAAGAUAUCGGGAAGACUUCAUUAAAAGCAUCCAGUCUCUGAGAAGGGAACUGGAAAAUAACGCUCAAGUCAAGUACAGGGAAGCGGUUGCUAUACAGAGAGAGACAUUAGCCAUUCAGAAUAUCCAGAAUAGAUAUCAAGAGUUAAUAGAAGAAAAGAUCACCAAACUUCUAGAACGCUGCAGAAAGGAAAACUACAGGUUGGGUAAUAAUGAUUUAAUGAAGGAAUUCAAUACCAUGUGGACCGAGACUCUUGAAGACCAACAGAUCAGUCAUGUGAACAAGCGUAACGUCCGACAGUCCAUGUUUUAUCAACUGAAACGAGACAUGGGCAUGAAAGGACCUCUGGUCAACGAGAGGCUUACAUCAGAAUGUACGUUACGAAGCUCCUCGCUGAUCGAUCACUAUUUAACAGAGGAGAUAACUAACGAGGAGGACCACAAGCUGAAGACAAUGGUGACCUCGCUAGACCAGCGCUGUGAAGAAGAAUAUGUAGACAGAGUCGUUAACACAGGUGGAGAUUAUGUCGAUGUUUUCUGCUAUGAAUUACUUAACAUGAUCAACGAACAACUUGGGGCCAAAACAGGCAACGUGGCGGACUAUUCUGUAGAGUUUGAGUUGGAGAUCAAGAUUUUCAUUUUACAUAAAGCGUCUCAGAAGUUUCAGGACAUGCACGAGAGAUUCAACCACAACAACCACCCAAGGGCCAUUCUAGAGCGCCUCAAACCUCAGUAUCUGUCAAUAUUCGCCAACUCAUUCCAAGAAAAGGAUGAAUGUCAGAGCCGAGCCAAACGCUUCACCCAGCUCUGCCUGAAACCGGCCAUAUUCAACUAUAUAUUCCAGAAUCUCGGAGAUAAAAUUAUGGACGAUGUUCUUCUUGGUCCCAAUAAUCAGACUUUUAGAAACAGAAGUUUUUUUCAAAACACUCUGCUAGAAGGUCUACUGUCCGACAUGUCAUUCCAGGAAUACGUCAAGUACAUAAGCUCCUAUGAGGUAUACGCCAAAGACUGGACGUUAAAAUAUAUUUCUAAAACGUACAGAAAUUCCCCAGUUCUAGAGUCUUUACAAGAACAGGUUCUCGCUGAUAUCAUCUCAAGAAUCAAAGACAUUCUCAACAAUGAAGAAUGCCAGGAAAGUCCAAACCUCUCCAGAUUUUUAAAAAUAUUUUGUGGGAUGUUAAGAAAAGAAUUGGUGCUGUCAACGGCAGAGAUUAAAGUGUUGGCCUUCCACAGCCUUAUGAAUUCUAAGCAAUUUUCUUCUGAUGUUCAGGUCUUUCUCCAAGACACAGAACAAGAGGUUCGGUCAGAGAUGAGGUCUAUGAGUUUUGAAUCUCUACUUUCCAAAAUCACAUUGAAGCCUCAGGAUGAGCUGCUGAAGAAAGCGAUUGGAUGUGGACACCAGUGUCCGUUCUGUAAAGUCCCCUGUGAGGCUGGAAGUGAUGCCCACGAGAACCACUUUGCAUCUGUCCAUAGACCUCAAGGACUGGGACUACAAUACAGGUGGUGCAAGAAUGAAAAACUGGUUGCUGACAUUUGUACUACGGCCGUUGUGUCCCAAAGUCAAUUCAAAAAUUCAGACACGGGUUGGACAUUUCAUCCAUACAAAGACUAUCGCACUUACUAUCCAGACUGGGCCAUCCAGCCCGACCCCAGCAUCGAGUCCUCCGAUUACUGGAAAUACAUAUUCGUGAAGUUUAAUAUAGAAUUUGCCAAAAUGUACAAUGCAAAACCGGCCGUUCUGCCAGCCAACUGGAAGACGAUCACCAAGGAGCAGGCCUCGUCCAGCCUGAGGAGAGUGUACAACUUGAGUUAAUCUUUUUUUUUUAUACAUUUUUAUUAGUGUAUUCACAAAGCCAAAAACAUAACGACAAUAAAAAGGAUAUCAAUUUAAAGGGGUUGUCCGGGUUCAGAGGUGAAUCUGGACAUAUCCCCUUCUUCACCUAGGCAGCCCCUCUCACAUGAGCAUUUCAUGUUCAGAUGCUCUCCUUCGUCCUGUGCUGAAUCGCCCAGGACAAGGGCUUUUUCUGGAAAUCUGGUGACGUACCAGCAUCUCCAUGGGCAAGC